UAUGUUUCGUAUGGAACGAUUGUUCUGAGAGCUUUCGUAUUAUAUUAACGGGGUGUCGCACAGACGCAACAACUAUACAUAAUACGCGAACAAUCAGCAACAUAAUAACUGAGAGAUUUUACAAAAGCGAAUCGCAACAGUUUAAAGAGCGGAAAUAAUGGCAAUGUCUAAAGGCGUUAGCGUUGGUUUAAUAGUUUUUGGUUGUAUGUUGAUGUUCACAAUUUUUAUCUCUGUCGUCGCGGGCAUUGUAGCAAUGAGCAAAAUAACAAGCCCCUACCAAGUCAGUAUUGGUCUUUGGGGAUUUUAUUUCGUAAUUCCAGCUGCCCUCAGCAUCACCGCCGGAUACAAAAAGAUGACGACCUUGAUGGCAGUUUCACUUGGAACUCAUAUUCUGGGGACUAUUAUUGGCAUCAUUGGAACGUGGCUUGCAGCGCAUUUCUGGGCGAUAUUAUCGUCAAGUUGUGCAUUCGAAUCUCACCGCAUCUACGGAGUUCAACGAAAUGAAUGUUCUUGUAGUUACUACAGUUUUGCAGGCAAAUGCUCGGACCUGACAACUGUGCGUAACGCCACUGGAGCAGUGACCAUUAUGUUUGCUCUCUCCAGUAUCAUCUGCUUCGUCGGUUCGAUUUAUGGUUGUAUCGGAACAUGUUGCUCCCCACGGAAUUCCCAAUUCUCCAGGACAAGCAGUUCGUGA